UUGAACAGCACACUCCAUAUUCCCAUCACACACACACACACACAACUAGGAAGUGAAGUGACCACCCAUUUUUUGUUUCAUUUUUUUUUCUGUCUCUUCUCUUGUUAGGACUAUGGUCAUGGCUGAGAGACAGAUCUUAGUUAUUCCCAUGGUCUUUGUGUUGUUAUUUGUGGGAGUGUUUGCUAGUGCUAGCACUCAUGCAGGAAACGCAGCAGCAGCAGAAGAAGCUGACAGGAUAUCUUCGCUUCCUGGGCAACCUAAGGUCUCCUUUCAACAGUUCUCUGGAUAUGUUACUGUUGAAGAAGUUGCUGGUAGAGCUCUAUUUUACUGGUUCACUGAGGCUGCUCAUGACCCCUUGUCUAAACCCUUGGUCGUUUGGCUCAAUGGAGGUCCUGGUUGCUCUUCUGUGGCCUAUGGAGCAUCAGAAGAAAUAGGCCCAUUUAGAAUCAACAAGACUGCCUCAGGUCUAUAUCUUAACAAGUUCUCCUGGAAUGCUGUGGCCAACCUCUUGUUCCUGGAAACUCCUGCUGGCGCUGGCUUUUCCUACAGCAACCGGUCCUCUGAUUUGGAAGAUACCGGGGAUAUUCGGACUGCUAAGGACUCACUAGAAUUCUUGGUUCGAUGGAUGAAUCGGUUUCCACGAUACAAAAAUCGCGAAGUGUAUCUUACUGGAGAGAGUUAUGCAGGCCAUUAUGUUCCUCAGCUGGCUAGAGAAAUUAUGAUGUACAACAAAAGGUCUAAGCAUCCAAUAAAUCUCAAAGGAAUUAUGGUGGGGAAUGCAGUAACAGACAACUACUACGACAACCUUGGAACGGUGACUUACUGGUGGAGUCAUGCAAUGAUCUCUGAUAGGACAUAUCAGCGACUCAUUAACACGUGUGAUUUUCGCAGGCAAAAGGAAUCAGAUGAAUGUGAAUCUCUAUAUAGUUAUGCUAUGGAUCAAGAAUUUGGCAACAUUGACCAGUACAACAUUUAUGCAACCCCUUGUAACAACUCUGAUGGUGGCACAUCUACUAGACAAACUAUUCGAUUGCCUCAUCGAACCCAUAAGAUUUUCAGGCAAUUAUCUGGCUAUGAUCCUUGUACCGAAAAAUAUGCUGAGAUUUAUUACAAUAGGCCAGAUGUUCAGAAAGCACUCCAUGCCAAUGUAACCAAAAUUCCUUACAAGUGGACUGCCUGCAGUGAAUUUCUAAAUCGAAACUGGAAGGAUACCGAAGUUUCCAUUCUCCCAAUUUACAGACAAAUGAUUGCUGGUGGCCUGAGGGUUUGGGUAUUCAGUGGCGACAUAGACUCGGUUGUGCCAGUUACUGCCACUAGAUAUGCCCUUGCACAGCUUAAAUUAGCAACAAAAAUUCCAUGGUAUCCAUGGUAUGUUAAGAAGCAGGUGGGAGGCUGGACAGAGGUAUAUGCAGGGCUUACAUUUGCAACAGUGAGAGGAGCAGGUCAUGAAGUGCCUCUUUUCAAGCCCAGGGCUGCUCUUCAGCUAUUCAAAUCAUUCUUGAAAGGAAAGCCCCUUCCCAAGUCUUAAAAAAGAAGAGAAGAAAACUCUCCAAAUUUAUUUAACAAGCUUCUUCUAUAUUGUUAUUGUUGUAGACAAAAGGGAUGUCUCAUUCUUAACCAUUGAAAGCAAUUAGUAGGCAGAAAGAGGGAAAGAGAAAAGCUUAAUUGUGUAUUAGAGAAAGCAAAAUAUUAAUUUCAAUGAUUUGGUGGGAAUAAUUAAAGGCAAAUUAUAAGCUCUUUGUCAA